AUGUCUGAUCCGGAAACGGAUGUACGUGACGCUGUUUACAGAGCUAUUUUGCGUCGCUUUCCCAGUAUCGAAUCAAGAAAUAAAAUUGCCUACGGACUUUCUGCUCUUCCGUUCCUAUCUAUCUAUCUAUCUAUCUAUCUAUCUAUCUAUCUAUCUAUCUAUCUAUCUAUCUCAGUGUGUAGGUAUCCAUCAUUACACUUAGUUCCUAUCUAUCUAUCUAUCUAUCUAUCUAUCUAUCUAUCUAUCUAUCUAUCUAUCUAUCUAUCUCUCUUUGUAACUGUUUUUUCAAAGUUAUCUAAUUCGCUUCAUAUCUAUCUAUCUAUCUAUCUAUCUAUCUAUCUAUCUAUCUAUCUAUCUAUCAGUCUAGUCAUAUUUAUCUGUCUAUCACAGUCUAGUCAUAUCUCUAUCUAUCACAGUCUAGUCAUAUCUAUCUAUCUAUCUAUCUAUCUAUCUAUCUAUCUAUCUAUCUAUCUAUCUAUCUUUUUCUUUUAA